GUUUUCAGCUGGCAUCACCAGUUUUUUUGCAGUGCAGAGACCAGCUGCAUGCACCACCUUGCAAGAGGGUCGCUGGCUUCCACAGGAUUAGCUUUCAAGCAAGCUAUCCAGCAACCAUAAAUAUCCGUCCAUGGAUCCAUUCCAUCUCUUGCCCAAGCUGCCACUCAAAAGUGAGAGCAAUUAUCUGAACUUUCAUCUCUCUCUCUCCCUCUGUCUUGUUUUUACACAGCUCCCCAAGUCAAGAACUCAAGAUCCGCCACUUCUGCUGCUUUGCUUUAUAUUCACCCCAUUUAGUCCACUCUAGCACCACAUAGUAUAUUCUCUCCUCCCUUAAACUAAUCAUCUCUCUUUAUCUCUCUCUCCAAAUUGUCAAUCUCAUUUCUGAACUCAUGUUCAGGUUUGACCUUACAAAGUAGUAGUCAUCCAGGAGUUGGAGUUUCAGGUUCAGGGGAGGCAUGAGGCUGAUUGGAAGAAGAAAGAGCUCCAAGGCUAAGAAGGGCUCCUCAGCUCCAGCUCCAUUGCAAUCCAAAGAGAAGGUUGCUGCAAAUGCAGAGGGUGUUGUGGUUGCUGCUGGUUCCAACAGCAGGCAGGUUGCACCUGAUGAUAGCUUACCCCUGGGAGCAGCUGCAGCUGGCUAUGCCAGCAGCAGAGAUGAGGUUUUCUAUGAAGCCUGCCCUUGGUUAGAAUCAGACUGUGAGGAUGAAUUCUUCAGUAUCAAUGGAGCAUCAGCAGACGGCACCCCUGCAAGAUCGUUCAGAGCGAACUCCGGCAGCCACACCGCACCACCGCCCGAACCUCGCAAGCUGCCGACGCUGGGCGCCAUCCUGAUGGCCGAGCCGCUGACACCGCCGCCGCCGACGAGGCUCGCCGACCUCCUCCGGGAGAGGCAGGAGUCGUUCGCCCACGACGGCGCCGGCGUCGGCGUCAUCUCCAGGAACGGCUCCUACACCACCUCGUCCUGCGGCGGCGCCGGCGGGAGCAGCUACUACUACUGCUGCAUGCCGAGCUUGCCGCGCGCCGCCGUGGGCGUCCGCUACGCGGGGAGGAGGAAGCGCCGGUGAAAACCCAUGGGUCCCCUUUUAAAAACUGAACUGAUGAAGCAGUGCCGGUUUUUGUGGCCGUUUUGGGGUGGAUGAGAUGUUGUUCAGAAUGUGCAAACUUCUGGAAUAACUACAGUAUACAGCAGCUUUAAUUAGCCGUCCAAAAUCCAGAAAAAAGAAUGUAUAUAGGGGAGAGUGAGUUAAGAAAACUCUCUGGUUGCAACCACCGUGGUAUGAGAAGAGGUACGAGUGUACUUAGCGGUUUUACGAUUAAUGGAGAAUGUAUCAGGACGUACCGUAUUUUCUUUUCACCUCUCAUUAUUCAUUAUUAUGAGAUGGAUCGAAUUUUUAAGCCUGUUACGGAUUAUAAAAUUUUCCGUCUUAAAUUUUGAGGUAAUAUUGCCACCAAAUCUAUGAGGUGGAUUCAAUCGAAA